AUGAGCAGAAGAGACAUGAUAAGAUGUUUGUAAAAACUCGUUAACAACGACCCUUUCUGUGUUUACAGACGCAGCUAUUUACCCUAAAGAGUCUAUAGAUCAUUCUCCACAUAAAACAACCCUAGCUAAUCUUCCUCUGCUAAUAACAACAAUCAAGCUAGUUGCUAAGGUCACGAAUCAGAUUGCCACAAUUUGAAUCAUCACCACAACAGCUUAAUGAACUCAUUCAAAGAAAGACAAAAAGAAAUAUUAAGAGAAUUUGAUGAUUUCCAUAGAGACUUCUUUAGCUAGUUACCUUUCAGAAGAUAUGCUCACCACGAUCAUUUUUCUAGACUUGAUUAAUUAUUUAACUAAGAAUUUAACAGAAUUAGAAAGUAAAUAUUUGAACCUCAUAAUGAAGAAAGUACUAAAACAUCAGAAAACGAAUAAACAAAUUCUAAACAAUGCUAAUAACAAGAGUAAACUCAAGCCUCUUAGCAAACAACUUAGGCUAAAGAAAGUGCCAAUAAUUCUACUCAAAGAAAUACUUAAGAAGAUAAAAACUUAUCUUCAAAAGAUAAUUUCGUAGAUAUUGAUACUUUCUUUGAAAGUCCAAGAUAUAUUUCUGAUGUUCAUAAGAUAUUCUAAGAAGAAUAGUAAAGACUUCAUAAAAUGUUUGAAGAUUUCGAAUCAUCUAUCCAUAAAAGAAUUAAUGAAAAUGAUCCUAACGUUCACAGUAUAAAGUCAUACUACAAGCGUACACCUGAAGGUGAGUAUAGAGAAUACUACGACUCUAAAAACCCUGAAAAGAAUUAUAAAAUAGAGAGAAAGUUCGAAAAACCUACUCUCUCUUCAACUUCUACAGAAAAUAAAACUACUUCUACAUCUACUACUGCUGCUCAAGAAAAGAUUAAAGAAACCACUUAAUAAGUUGAAAACUAACAAAAAACAACCUAAGAAGCUACAAAAUAAACCUAAACAGAGUAGUAAGAAGCAACAUCUACUAACUAAGUUAACUAAUAACCAAAAUAAAUGGAAGGAACAAUUAACAUUUCUCCAGAAUUAAAUGAAAAAGCUAAAAAGCUUAGUUUAAUGCUCAAAAAAGAAUACAUGGAAUGUUUGGAAUUAGCUAGGGUUUACCCAAAUAAAACUGUUGGAUAAAUUAUUGACUUAGUGAUCGAAAGCGAAUCAUUUAAUAAGACUCAUUGA